ACAUGUCUGUAAAUAUUUAGCACUUUAUAGUUUAUUUUAUCAUAAUUAUCUCUUAACUUUAUUUGCAGAUGUUUGGAGCAUGGGUUUGGAUCCUGGUUGCUGCUACAAAAGUAUUUUAUCCAAUCGUGCAAGGAUGGGUCAUGUAUGUUGCAGUGUCCUCAUUUUUCUUCUCAUUGCUACUCUUGAUGGUCUACCUGUUUGGCUUCCACAGAAACCAUUGCAACACUUGGAGAAUAAUCGACGUCAUCUACACUGGAAUUACAGCGAUAUUUUACUUGAGUGCUGCUGUGCUGCAAGCUUAUGCCACAAUAUUUUGUGAUUACACUAUACCUGUACCUAUCCCUAAUAUCUUCGAAGUUCGUCAGUGCAGUCCUGUCUACUACCACUUGGAUGCUGCAGCCACAGUAAGUCACACUGAUGUGCUUCUAUCUUAG